AUGGCAGAAGAGCCCAGAGAUACACGGGACGACAAGUCCUCGGCGGUUACGUCCGCUGCCCCUGGCGCGCUGGCCCCUGCGCAGGGAGGAGGCUCUGCUGAGCCGCCCAAGAGGAUCCCCAGGGGAGUGGUCCUGGGCCCAGAUGGCAAACCAUGUCGGAAUUGCACGUCUUUCGCCGCGUGGGCGGCCCAAACAAAGGACACUCUCAAGCACGACGCUGCACGGACACCGACGGCGACACAAGGGCCUCCGGCCGACUGCCCUCCGGACGUCGAGACACUUGGCCGGAGCACGUGGACUCUGCUGCACUCGAUCGCGGCUCAGUACCCGGAGCAGCCGUCCAGGGGCCAGCAGUCGGACCUGCUCAGCUUCGUGGGCCUGUUCUCUAAGCUGUACCCGUGCUGGGUGUGCGCCGAGGACUUUCAAGGCUAUCUACAUCGCGACGCGCCCAAGGUUGGUAGCAGGGACGAGUUUGGCAAGUGGCUGUGCGGCGCACACAAUGAGGUGAACCGCAAGCUUGGCAAGCCCGAGUUUGACUGCUCCAAGUGGGAGGAGAGAUGGCGGACUGGCUGGAAGGACGGCCGCUGCGAUUGA